AUGGCAGAAGAUUAUGCUAAGGCAAACCCAAAUAAUGAAAGAAUUGUACAAGAUCAAGUUUUGCGUGGCAUUCAAAAGUUUUUGGAGAACAACCAUAAAAAACUUAGAGAUUGCGAUCUGCCAAAUAUUGUGGGUACCAAUCCAAUUGAACCUACAAUACCUUUUAUUGUUCAAGAAGAGCUCUCAACAAAGACUUUAAAAGAUGAUAUAUCCUCAAUACAAUUGUUGAAUUUUCAACAAAAACUUGCAUACGAUAGAAUACUAUAUGCAGUUUACAAUGAUAAGCCAUAUGUAUUCUUCAUAGAUGGCCCUAGAGGAACUGGUAAGACAUUUUUGUACAAGGCACUUCUUGCAACUACAAGGACAAAUGCGCAUAUAGCAUUGGCAACAACUUCAUCUAGAAUUGCAGGGACAAAUUUACCAGGCGGAAAAAUUGCACACUCUAGAUUUAAAAUUCCGCUCAGAUCUGAUGCAUGCUAUUUUUGUGACAUUUCAAAGCAAUCAGAUUUAGCAACAUUAAUAAGGCAGACAAAAAUUAUUAUUUGGGAUGAAGCACCAGUGACAACUAAAUUUGCAUUUGAGGCAGUAGAUCGAAUAUUACAAGAUAUAAUGCAUUUUGGAGGAAAAAUUGUGGUAUUGGGUGGUGAUUUUAGGAAAAUAUUGUCGGUAGUCCCCUGUGGGACAAGAUCGGAAAUUAUGGAGGCACAAGAAAUAGAGGGCGCAUUAUUCAGUGAUGCCCUCUAA